CCCAGCGGUCUCGCGAGAGGCCCCGCGGCGGGCGCAGGCGCGGGGCCCGCGCGCCGCUGCUGCCUCGGGAGCGCAGGGGCCGGCAUGGGGCCCGGGCGCGUCCGCGCAGUGUUCUUUGACCUGGACAACACGCUCAUCGACACGGCCGGAGCGAGCAGGCUGGGCAUGCUGGAGGUGAUAAAACUCUUACAAUCAAAAUACCACUACAAAGAGGAAGCUGAGGUCAUCUGUGACAGAGUUCAAGUGAAGCUCAGCCAGGAGGGCGCACACCCCUACAGCACGUGCAUCACCGACCUGCGGACCACCCACUGGGAAGAGGCGAUCCUGGAGACCACAGGCGGCCCCCCCAACCGGGCGCUCGCCACCGAGUGCUACGAGCUGUGGAAGUCGACCCGCCUGCGGCACCUGGGGCUGGCGGAGGACGUCAGGGCCAUGCUGGCCGAGCUGCGGCGGGAGUUCCGGCUGCUGCUGCUGACCAACGGGGACCGGCAGACGCAGCGGGAGAAGAUCGCGGCGAGCGGCUGCGGGCCCUGCUUCGACGCCGUGGUCGUGGGCGGGGAGCAGGCGGAGGAGAAGCCGGCGCCGUCCAUCUUCCAGCACUGCUGCGACCUCCUCGGGGUGCGGCCCGCAGACUGCGUCAUGGUGGGGGACACGCUGGACACCGACAUCCAGGGCGGCCUCAACGCGGGGCUGGGCGCCACCGUCUGGGUGAGCGCGGGGGCGGCCGCGCCCCCCGCGCCCCCCGCGCCCGCGCCGCACUACACCGUGGCCUCGGUGCUGGAGCUGCCCGCGCUCCUGCGCCGCCUGGGCCGCGAGCCGGGCGCGCCCUGAAGCCGCGUCCUGCCGCAGGGGCGGGCUGUGGGCCACGGGUGGGUAGGGAAAGUUCAUUCAGUGGCCAGCCUCCCGUCGACUGCUGUUCAUCUUGGAAAAUCCACAGUACAUUGAUACAAGUUACUUUUAGUGUUGUCUGAAAAAUUUGAGGAAAUAUUUGUUAAUGAUUUGUUUUAAUAAAAUUUAUUUUGUUAAUCAUU